AUGGUGGAGGAAGACAAGCCGGAUGAUGAUAAGGAAGAUGAGCAGGUAGGUGAAGAAGAAAGUGAGGAGGAAGAGGAGCAGGUAAAUGAGGAAGAAAGUGAGGAGGAAGAUGAGCAGGUAAAUGAGGAAGAAAGUGAGGAGGAAGAGGAGCAGGUAAAUGAGGAAGAAAGUGAGGAGGAAGAGGAGCAGGUAAAUGAGGAAGAAAGUGAGGAGGAAGAGGAGCAGGUAGAUGAAGAAGAAAGUGAGGAGGAAGAUGAGCAAGUAGAAGAGGAAGAAUGUAUGAUGGAACAGGAAGGUAUUGACAAGGGACUGGGGGAGGAGCAUAAGAAAAAGAAGCGCGAUAAUGUAAACAAAUGGGAAUCCCUGCAUCACGAAGGCCCAUUAUUUGCUCCCACGUAUGAAAAACUGCCGGAAAAUAUCAAGCUUAUAUAUGAUGAGGAACCAAUGGAUUUAUCCCUUCCAGCAGAGGAGGUUGCUACCUUCUACGCAAAGAUACUGGAUGAUGAUUGCACUAAAGAUGGCACAUUUAACCAAAACUUCUUCACAGAUUGGAAGAAAGUCAUGACAAAGGAAGAGCAGAAAAUCAUCACGAACUUGAAAAAGUGCAGUUUCAAAGCGAUCCAUGAACACUUUUUGCAGAUGAGCAGGGAGAAGAAGAAUAUGUCAAAUGUAGAGAAGCAGAAAUUGAAGAAACAGAAAGAGGAUGAAAUGGAGAAAUAUGGCUUCUGUCUCAUAGAUGAUCAACGGGAACGUAUAGGAAAUUUCAAGAUAGAACCACCAGGUCUGUUUCGUGGCCGAGGGGAACAUCCUAAGCGAGGGAAACUUAAGGAACGCAUCAUGCCGGAAGACGUGAUAAUCAAUUGCAGCCAGGACACCAAGAUCCAACCACCACCCGAUCACAAAUGGAAGAAAGUCGUCCAAAACCAGAAGGUUACCUGGUUGGCCUGCUGGACUGAUAAAAUCACUGGGCGUCCCAAGUAUGUCAAUCUAAGUCCUUUAGCCAAGCUGAAGAUGAAUAAAGAUAAACAGAAGUUUGACACUGCCCGAAGGCUCCACAAAAGCAUCGAAAAAAUUCGGGAAAAAUACAGGAAGGAUAUGGAGAGCGAGGAUGCGCAGGUCCAACAGAUGGGGGUGGCGAUAUACCUCAUCGACCAACUGGCUCUCCGAGUCGGAAAUGAAAAAGAUCCAGAGGAAAUGGCCGAUACAGUUGGCUGCUGCACCCUACGUUAUGAACACAUCAUCCUGACAGAAGAGACAGACAAUAAUAAGUACAAGGUGAAGUUUAACUUUAUUGGGAAGGCUUCAAUUCCCUAUCGAAAUGAGGUCUAUGUUGGCAAGAGAGUUUUUCAGAACUUGAAGAGCUUCAUGAAUAGGAAACAAGAAGGAGAUAAAUUAUUCGAUCGAAUCAGCGUGGUCGGACUAAACGACUAUUUAAAGAGCCUGAUGGACGGACUGACUGCCAAGGUAUUCCGAACGUAUAGAGCGUCUCAAACGCUACAGGAAAAGUUGGACGAACUGACUGACGGUAAUGCUCAGGUAAAAGAAAAAUUCAUUACCCACUUGGAAGCGACUCUGGCCGUGGCAAACCUUUGUAACCAUCAGCGCUCCAACCCAAAAAUCAAUCCCAAGUCGAUCAAGGCCCUUGAAAAGAAAGUCGAAGAAGUAAAGAGAGCUGUGCAGUUAGCUAAGAAUAAACUGCAAUGUGCCAAGAAAGCCUACGAUGAGUCUAAGGACAUGAAGAACAAGGUAGAGGUGGAUAAGAAAAGGAAGGUCCUUCGGGGGCUGCAGGUGAAGCUCUCGAUACUCAACGUUAAGACAACUCGAGCAAAGGAAGGAAAGGAAAUUGCCACGGAAGUAUCCAAAUUGUACUACUUGGAUCCAAGAAUUACCGUUGCUUGGUGCAGGAAACACCGUGUCCCUUUAGCGGUGAUAUUCAACAAGACGCAAAGACAAAAAUUCCGUUGGGCUAUUUCUACGGCCGGACCUAAUUUCCGCUUCGAUGAACUCGACUAG